GCGAGAGUAAAACAGUGCAGCCGGCCACGGUGCAUGUCAGAGGACUGUCUGAGCUCCCCACGUCGAUGAGUGCUCCACAUCUGGUGUCUGUGCCGCUUGCUGACUGCCACUGUCGAGACCAACUGGUCCGCGCGUGAACAACCACAAAUCAGGAUAAGGUUUCUCAAGCGUGGGGGAAGGAUGCCGGCGGUCGUAAGCAAAAACUCCGACAUGGAGUUUGACUCUUUACAACCGUGCUUCUACCCGGAUGAGGACGACUUCUACUUCUGUGGUCCCGACUCGGCGCCACCGGGGGAGGACAUCUGGAAGAAAUUCGAGUUGCUGCCCACCCCGCCCCUUUCCCCGAGCCGCGCCGCGCUACCUGGGGAUGCGGCGGCGGCAGCCUCCCCGGAGGGGGACCUCCUGGGCUUCGGCUUGGGGGACCCACUGGACUGGGCUUCGGAGCUGCUGCUCCUGCCCGAAGACGAUAUCUGGGGGGCGUCCGACGAUUUGGAUCUGUUCGGUUCCGCUUUGGAUACAAACCCAAACAGCAUCAUCCUGCAGGACUGUAUGUGGAGUGGAUUCUCAGCCCGGGAGAAGCUGGAGAGGGCGGUCACGGAGAAAUUGGGCAAGGCUAUUACGAGUUCCACGGCCACGGUGGUCGCAACGGCGGCUACUGCUUCUUCUGCUGCCGCUACUACUUCCGGGAGGCGGGACGUGUGCGUAAAAGCGCCCGAAGCGAUGAGCCGCAGCGCGGCGUCGGAGUGCGUGGACCCCGCCGUGGUGUUUCCCUUCCCGGUGAACAAAAGGAACGGCAGCGGGGAGUCGAUCGUCAGCGCGACAACCACCCACGGGAGCGCCCACAGCGACUCCGAAGAAGAAGAGGAAGACGAGGAGGAAGAAGAUGAUGAUGAUGAUGAUGAUGAAGAGGAGGAUGAUGAUGAGGAGGACGAGGAGGAAAUUGACGUGGUUACGGUGGAAAAGAGGCGCUCCACAAUCAGCAAAACAGCCUUGGCGUGCAGAGGUCAAGAGCAGAGGGGCGUCUGCGCCGCGGGGGGCGUGGCCGGUCGCUUUGUCAGCCGAGCCCCUCAGGAGCUCAUUCUGAAGAGGAGCUCAGUGCACCAGCAGCAACACAACUACGCCGCGCCCUCUCCGUACACGUCAGACGACGACCGGGCGCCGCCCGCCAAAAAGCAGCGGACGUCGGACUCAGCGAGACCGCCGACCAGAACCGCCUCCUCGUCCUGCGCCUCAGCCCCGCGCAGCAAGCGCAGCUCCAGCGGAGACAGCAGCCCUCGGGCCGGCUCCGACUCAGAGGACAGCGAGCGCAGGCGCAACCACAACAUCCUGGAGCGCCAGCGCCGCAACGACCUGCGCUCUAGCUUCCUCACGCUGCGCGACCACGUGCCCGAGCUGGCGUACAACGAAAAGGCGGCUAAGGUCCUGAUCCUGAAGAAAGCCACCGAGUACGUCAGCUCCCUUGACAGGGAGCAACGGCGGCUGCAGCUGGAGAAGGACAAGCUGCAGGCCCGCCGACAGCAGCUGAUGCGCAGGCUCGAGCUAGCCAGGACUCGCUGACGCGCAUCGGCCGCCGUCGACACCCAGAACACUCUCACACGUUCCCGGGAUGACGCCCGGCCGCCGCCGCCUCAGCCACCCACUCCAGAUGGGUAAACUUUGAGUUGGCCUUCACACUUAAGCACAGACAAACAGGCCCGCAUGUACACAAACAUCUCGGAGGGGGCGGAUGCGCAUCGCAGGGAUGUCGAGACUUUCACUGCCGCCACUUUUUUUGCACAUUUGUUGACGUUAAGAAUGUUUAGGGUUUACUUUUUUUCAAUCCAGUCACAUUGAGGAACGAUAAAGAAUGAGGAAAUAGAGGCUUUUCUUUUUUUUUUUAUAUCUUUUUUUGUAUUAUUUGUAUUGUAUGCAUAGUGCUUUUUUUGUACUCACUGUGACACCAGCCUGGAAUCCAAGAGGGAUUCCUACCGGGACCGGUGUUGGAGGGCACUUUGCUCGGAGCGCUCGACUUAACUAAGAAGCCGUGCGCAACUCUAACUUUGCCUUCACCACUGCAAAAGCGGACAAAUUUAUAUGAAAUCGAAAAAGAAAAAAAAGACUAUAUGGACACAAAUGAUGAUGCCACUACAGGUUUUCUUUCACUCCUCGAUCAUACUGGUGCUCCAGCCAAGUAAAUGGAUGUAUACCUGUGCACCUUUCUACCAGACACUUUUGUACAUACAAUGGAGAGAAAGUCUACACACCCCUGGUUCGACUGCUACCUUUUUUGUAAAGAAAAAAAAGAGCUGACGAUGAAUCAAGAUUAUUUUCUACUGUAUAACUUGUACAACUAGACUAAAACAAUAGAGGUGAAGCAAAAAUUCGAGGUGUUUGCAUAAGUGUGCACACCCUCUUAGAACUGGAAUUUAAAUUGAAUCCUAUGUCAAAUGGUAGUUUAAAGUGCCUCUGAAAUAAAGUUGAGCUUGUUCAGUGAGCUAUUCCUGACAUUUAUGUCAACAAUCUUCUGUCUUAAAAAACAACAAUAACAGUCAAUGAUUACAAAAAAUGGCCCAAAGCAUCCAAAUCCACUAAAUUUGUUUUGCAGUCAGGUUUUGAGAAGGCCCACCCAGAGUCCAGAUGUAUAUGAGGUGGAACAGCUGGUGUGAUCUGAAGAGGGUGUGCAUAUUUAUGCAACUAUGUUUUUGUACAUAUUUCUUUUUUCAACUGGGAUGUAUAAGUUAUAGGGCACAUUAAUGACGGGGGGGAAAAAAUGAUUGAAAUGAAUUAUCUCAUUUUUUUAUAUCACAAAAAUGUUGUAUCCAAACAGGGGUGUGCACACUUUUGUUUUUUUUUUAAUAUCCACCAUCCCAGCGAUGUACAGACAAAGUACACUCAGAUCUGCCUUGUUUUAUAAUAAAUUUUGUCCUAGGGUUUUUAUAUAAGUCUAUACAUGUCAGGAAGCUGCCAAUAAUAACUCGACUGGAAUUUUAUAUACCUUUAAAAAGUACUGUAAGGCCUCACUUUUUGAGAGUCAGGAACUUUGUAAUCUAACAAUAUAUUGCUUUCUUUUCCCUUCCUCUUUUUUUUUCUUUGUACAGUAUCAUUUUACUAAUUCUACAGACCUUUGACGCUUUUUAGUGUGAACCUGAGACAUACUAAAUUUGAUACUUAUAUUUUCGUAUGAAAAUGAGUUCCCGGUAGAUAUCAACUUAUCUUUUUUCAUCUUCUAUCUCAGACUUUUGUACAGCAAAUGUGUUCUAUCCUAAUGUACUUUUUAACCCCCCACCCCUUCCCCCCCAAACUUUCUUUUGUUUAUAUUUGUAACUAUCGGGCGCAUAGAACUGGGUAUAUGGAUAUGAGAUGUUUCCCCCCCCCCCCACUCCCGAUUUUUCAAAUGUACAUUUAUUAGUGCUGCAACUCAUAGCACUUUGAAAUACCUCAUUUUGACAAAUAAAUAGACAUCAUUAAACCGG